UUCUUUAAUUCGGCUUUAUUAUUUUGAAUGUUUUUCCGUUUCUAACUUUAGUAUCGCCUAGGUUUACUCUUUCUAUUUUUGAUCUAACAUUGCCUUGAAACUUUUAUAUAAAAGUGUAGUAUGACUACUACUAAUAUUGGUAUGGAUCAGGAUAAAGAAAUAAAAGCUAAGAGCGAAAGUUGUGAUGAUUCUGAAGAUGAAAGCGAAAAUUUAGAAGAAAGUCCGUGUGGCCGAUGGUUAAAAAGAAGAGAAGAGGUUCAGCAGAGAGAUAUACCAGGCGUCGAUGCUGCUUAUCUCGCAAUGGACACUGAAGAAGGAGUGGAAGUUGUCUGGAAUGAAGUGAAAUUCUCAGAAAGAAAGAAUUUUAAAUAUCAAGAGGGGAAAAUAAGGGGUGUUUUUGAUAGUCUGACCCAAUUGGAUCAUCCAAAUAUUGUUAAACUCCACAAAUAUUGGAUUGACAUGGAAUCAGAAAAACCUAGAGUAAUUUUCAUCACCGAGUACAUGUCAAGUGGCUCUCUAAAGCAAUUUUUGAAGAAGACAAAGCAUAAUGUAAUAAAGCUUCCUCUCCCGUCAUGGAAGCGUUGGUGUUCUCAAAUUCUUUCAGCUCUAAAUUAUUUGCACUCUUGUUCACCUCCUAUCAUCCAUGGAAAUUUAACAUGUGAUACUAUAUUUAUUCAGCAUAAUGGCUUGAUAAAAAUUGGUUCUGUUGCUCCUGAUGCCAUACAUCAUCACGUGAAGACAUACCGAAAGGAUUUGAAAAAUGUUCAUUUUAUAGCUCCUGAAUAUGGUAUCAAAACUCUUCCUCUUCUAAGUCAUGCUGUUGACGUUUAUUCAUUUGGGAUGUGUGCUCUGGAAAUGGCAGCUCUGGAGAUACCAGUAAAUGGUGAUAGUGGAAAUCAGGUCACAGAUGAAGUGAUAAAUAAAACAAUUGAAUCUCUUGAGAAUCCUUUACAGAAGGAUUUCAUCAGAAAGUGCCUUUCUAAAAAUCCAGCUGAUCGACCUAGUGUCCGUGAGCUGUUGUUUCAUCCAAUCAUUUUUGAAGUUCAUUCUUUAAAGCUCCUUGCUGCUCAUUCUGUCAUAAAUUUUGCUUCUUACCAGUCAGAUCAGCUCACAGAUGAAGCAUUGCGUAAUAGGUUCAAGCCUCAAGAGGAAAUCGUUGCUUUUGUGCCAUUGAAAGGGAAGAAGACUGGCCCACAAAUCAAGAUGUCUGAAAUGCAGAAGGUUGAGCUAGAAAAAUUUUUGGAUGAUGUUCGUACUGGGAUCUAUCCAUUGACCGCAUAUGCUGCUACUCAUACACCCAUUGUUCAGCGAAGGACUACGUCUCCCGAAAUGACUGAUUCUGCAAAAUCGACAUCACCAGAGGCACAAGAAGUGGAAACUCGACGAAUUGUAAAUAUUAUGUGCAACAUUAAACCCCAAGAACAAGGCCAAAACUUUGUAAUGACUAUUUUAUUAAGAAUGGAUGAUAAAAUGAAUAGACAGUUGUCAUGUGAGGUUACUCAGCAAGAUACUUCAUGUGGUCUUUCGGAAGAAUUGGUCUAUCAUGGAUUUAUUAACCGUGAGGAUAAAGAGAUGGUUUCCAAUUUGAUUGGUGACACUUUGAGCCGUAGGCAUAUUCCCGACAUGCCACAUCCUGCUUAUACUGAUAACUAUGUCGAAGUAAAACAAGAUUACUAAUAUAUUUAUCCUCUGUUCAUAUUAUAUCAUUUAUUAUGUAGUGUAAUAUACAUGUAUGAUGCAUUAAUGUGGGGUCAGAGUUAUUUCAAUAUUUUUUAAAUGCCUUAAUAUUUAUUUUGAAUUCAAAGAUUAUUAAAGUAAAUUUCCCGAAGUGAAAAAGAACUUUUUUCUUUUACUGUUAUAUCUAAUAUAUUUCAAUAUGAAUUAUUUAUUAAACUCCUAUUAUUAUUAUUUUAAUUCAUUUAUAUGCAUUUUGGCACACCUCAUUUAUAAUGAAUAGGCAUUUCUAUUAUUAAAAUAAUUGAUAAUAUGGGGAAAGGCUAAAUUUUCCAGAUCUCCUUUGGAAGUCAUAUAUAUAUAUGUGUGUGUACUAAUUUUUGGCUGUAGAAAUUUUUCUAUUGAAAGUAAACAUUUUCAUUUAAAAUAUAGAACAUUAUUACCCUAAUGUAAAUAAUUGAUUGCAAAAUUAUUACAAUUGAUAUGCAUUAAUGGUUUAUAUUUAUAUAUAUAAGAUUUUUAUUCAGGACUUUGGUAACAAAUUAUAAUGCACCCUCGAGGGAAGUUAAAAUGAUCAACAGAUCAUACAUACACCAAAGUGGUUUUUUUUUUUUUUUUGCAUCGAACCUGCUAUUGGAUAAACAUUUGAAAGACAUAAUUUUUUUACUUAUUUGUUAGAUUUUUAAAAAAUUCUUGAUUUUUCAUUUAUAUAUUGUAUUUUAUAAAAUAGUUAUUUUUUGUUCUUAUAUCUAUUAUAAAGAAUUGAUCUUAUAUUGGAAGAAUUGAUCUUUAUAUCUAUAAUAAAGAAUUGAUUAAUAAAUAAUUUUUUAAUUGGGCUUUGCUGACUUUAGAACAAACAACCUUUUGCUUUUAUUGUCCUUGGACUUUAAAUUAAUGUGAUAAAUUUUAAAAUGUAAUUAAAAAGGAAAGAAUUAUUUGUUGUUUUUAUAGUGGUUGUUUGAGCAGUAAUUGAAUAGUUUCACUUUAAAUGUAAAUAAUUUAUUUAUGUCUGUUUGGUACUUAAAAGAAAAAAAAAUUAUAAUAUUGGAUCUAUUAAAAUUUUAAACAUUUAAUAUUAUCUUUUUAUGACAUGGGUAUAAUGGUUUAGUUAAAAUAUCUCGGAAAACCUUCAGUGUGGAAUCAAAUUUUCAUCCAAAAGAAAUAUGAUAAUUCUACAGAUUUUUUCCUACUCAUUUUGUAAUUUAGCUGUAUUUUGUUUUUAAUAGGGAUCAAAAUAAGAAUGAAAUAAGCAUAUUUAAAUAAAUUAUUUCUCAAUAAUUAAAAAAAAACACCAUACUUACUUUUAUUAGUGAAUUAAUAAAUUUCAAAAGUAAAAUAUACAUUUAGAUCAUCAAACAGAAACAGCUUUCAAAAAUUCUAAACACAACAGUAAAAUUCUUUCAAGAAAAAAAUGAUUUUUACAUGAUGAAAUGAAUAAAAAUGCCAAAUAGUAGUUCAUUCAUAUAAUAUGUUGCCUUUAGAAGUCUAUUACUUGGAAUGUUUAAUAUGCAUUAUAAAUUUUAAGGAUUUUUAACUCUUUGUGAUAUUCAAGAGCUGCUGCUGAAAAAGAUAUUGCUUUCGUACUAACGCUGGAAAUUCUGAAAAGAAGGGUAGUUUAAAACAUUGCAAGUUCUUUUACAAUAUUUUUAUGUAUGUGAUUUUAUUUUUAGGUUACCAAAGAUUUAUUAAUUAUAUAUUUUGUUUUUUUAUUUGUAUACCUUUUUAUUUGUUUUCUUAAAAUUAUGUUCUAUAUUUCAGCCCAUGAAUUUUAUUGCAGUUCCCCCCCCCAUCGGCCAUUUUUUAUUCAUGUUAGCAUAUUUUGAAAAUUCCUUCUUAUAUGUUGAAAAAUAAUAAUUUUUUAAUUACUGCUAUUGUUUUUAAGCUCAUUCAUUCAAAGUUAUUUGCUUUUAAAAUAUCGGAUUAAAAAGUGAGAGGGGAAUCAAAAAAAAAAAAAAAAAAUGUUAUGAUUUGAAUUUGCUGAUAUUUGAAUCCUAAAUAAACUUUAUCUAUUAAAGCUGAAAGAAUAUUUAUUGCGGAAAAAUAAUCUGUGGAUUAUUGUCCUCUCUUUACAUGUAUAAUUCUAAAAUUUCAGUGUACUUUUUGAUAGCAACUGAAUAAAUCUUCUAUUUAUUAUUUGGGAAACUCCAUAUUUUUUGAUGCAUUAUAGUUUCUUGCAUACAAAUCAUUUGCAGCUUAUAAAGAUUUCUUGAUGAGGAUAUAUGGUACAUGCUAAUUGUUAUAACAAUUUUUAAUAAUUGCUAACUAUUUCUUAUAGUUUGCAUUAAUCAUUGACAAAAGCAUGAUGAAAUUAAUAUUUAAUUUAUAAUUAAUUACACUAAUGGAUACUAGAAUUUAUAGAAAAGUUUUAUGAUAAAAAAUAUUGACAAGUUUCAGAAUGGUGGGUCCUUUGUAUUCAGUCUAAUAUAAUUUACAAUUUUUUUUUUAUUUCAUUCAGAUGAAAUUAAAACAUUAAUUAUUAUUUGUUAACUGUUACCAAUAAAAAGCAUGCUUUAAUAGAUACAAGUCUUUUAUGAAUUAUGAGAAGAGGAAUUCCACUAUCAGGAGAAAAUUAUUUAGUGUGUCAAAUGCAGUUUAGUUAAAUUUAAUAGUUUUUUUUUAAUGCAUUUUUUGCUGUAAGUGUUUCAUUGUUCCCUUUCCAAAUGUGAUCUUAAAUUUGUAUUUUCUAUCUUAAUAUUAAAAAAAAUUAUUUUUCUGAUUGAUUAAUAUUCUAAUUUUAAAAAUUUUUUUUUAUAUUCUGAAGGAUUUUUAGCUUAUAAAGUGAAUUUGCCUUAUUUAAAAAUAGUUGUUUAAAGGGGUUUUUUUUUUUUUUUGUAAUACUAAUAGUUUUUUUUAAUUAAUAAUAGAAAUUCAAUAAGUGGUGUAUUUAUCUGAUCAAAUAUAAAAGAUUUUUAUAUACACUAAGGUCUUACUUUAUAUAUAAGUACUGGUUUAGAAUAUCAUGCAAUAUCAAACAAUUCUGAUUAAUUAUGUUCUGCUUUUUUUAACAAUCCUAUUGCAGAUAUGCAAUUAAAUAGAAAUGAAGAAUAUUAUAAGAUACAUUGGCAUAAUUUAGAUAAAUCAAAUUAAUUAAAUCUGCUUUUUGUCAUUGUGUUUGAAAGAUUGCAAAAGCAACUGUUCUUAUACUUACAACUUCUUUCUGCAGAUUUUGAGUUAUUUUAAAUUCCAUCCCUAGUAUUAUGUAUAAAAAUUCCAUAUUAUUAAAAACUUAAUUAAAAAGAGAAUAUUAACAUUUUUUUUUUUAUGUAUCAACUUUAUUGUGCGAGGUAUUUAUUCCUUUUAUCCAUUCUAAAUGUGAUCAUUCUCUGAUCAUCUUUCUAAAAAAAGAAGAAGAAAAUGAAGUAUUUCAUCAAUUUAUAAAGUUUGUCUGAUAAAAAUUAUUUAAGAAAUAAAUACUUAUAAAAUUAAAAUCUUGUGUAAACAUCACCGACAGUGAUUAAGAAAUAGGGUCUCUUGGAUGUUAUGUAAAAGCAUUUUAGGAUAUCUUAAGAAAAUGAAGCUAGUUAUUGUUUUUUAAAAAUCAGAAGAUGACUGAAAUUAAUAGUAUUUGCUCAAUUAUUAUAAGUUUAAAAAGUUUAAAAUAACUCUGUCUCCUUUUUUUUAUGUCAUUAAGAAUUAUUGAUGUUUGUUUUUGCUUUAUUUUAUAAACUAUAGGAGAAAAGUAGAACAAAAAACAGUAAUUGAAUCCCUUAACUAUGUGUUUUCUUUGUUGUCUAAUAAAAUGUCUUCUAUUUUGGGAGAUUAUUGUUUUGAUUAACUAAUAAUCCAUUGGUCACUUCAAAUGUUCCUUGAUUAAAAACUGUUUUUAAUCCAAGUAAUAAUGUAAUGUUUGUGAAUGGCUUAAUUUUAAAUUAUAUGUUUAAAAAUGUCAUAAUUCAAUGCAUGAGUGGAGCUUGAGAAUCACAGUUAGGGGUAAAUCAGAACAAGAGAUUUAAUAAUUGCAGUUUACAACAUUUCAAUUUUACUAAUAUAAAAAGCUAAUUAUAUGAUCUAUUUGUCAUAACAAUGCAUGUAUUUUGGAAAUGAAUUUUAUAUUUUCAUUAAGCAAUAGAACCAAUGUAAUAAAAUAUUUACUGAAUUCAAAAUGAUUUUUCUGGAUUAUAUUUUCUUGUAUUAUUUAUUCUGUCUAAAUAGUUUUGUAUUGAACUGAACCUUUUUGAAACCUGAUUGUUUUUAUUUCUUUUUAAGUCAUUUUGUAUAGCAAUCAAAAGUACUUUUCUGAGUUUUCACAACAUCCUUCAUGUUUGAUGUUAAAUGCAUGUAUGAAACAAAUUUUAUUGAAUCUCAUUUGUGAAACGUGAAAAGUCAUAAUGAAUUUCAGUUAUAUCUUUCAUUUUUCAAUAAAGGCCAUAAAACAGUGUUUGAUUUUAUGGAUACAACAAAUUCUUAAUUACUAAGGCCUUUAAAAAAAAUUUAUAUUUUGUAAUAACUUGCAAAAAUAUAUGGAUUGUUAAGAUGGCUAAUAGUUUUUACCCUUAUUGGUAGAUUAGUUUAUGUAUUACUUAUAAUUUAAUUAAAUAAGCAUUUCUUUGAAUACUUUCUAUAAUUAAUUUGCAGCUGCUUAGAAUUUACCUAUUUUUUUAAGAGAAUAUACAAAUUUCCUAUUAAAAAUUUUUCUUCCUCAAACUGAGAUUUAACUUUAAUCUCAUAGUAUUUUUCUAACAUCUUUAAAAUAAAGCCUAGGAUAGUUUUGGAGAGUAUGCUUACGAAAUAUUAUGCAAAAUUAAAAUUGCAUUAAGGCUUAUCUUUGUACAUUGUGAAAAAAAUCAUUAAAAUUGGGAAAAUUAGAAAAUCUACUUGUUAUGAAUGUUAUAAUAUUGCAGCAUCUAUUUGUGCUAAAAUUCAUUUCUUAACUAGUUAAUUUCCAAUUUUUUCUUUAUUAUAUUAUAAUGCUUUUCUUUUUAAAUAGUUUUCAACUUGUGAUUAUAUUGCGUUUCCUAUUUGUUUUCAUUGUGAUGUUUCAAAGUUUUUACACAAAUAUGAAUUAGUUCAUUUGUUGUGAACAAAUAUUGUUUAUUGGUAAUUUCUUUCUUUAUAGUUGAAAAUA